AUCAUGAGGCAUUUAGUAUUGAUAUUUUGUUAUUUUUUCUUAUUAUUCUAUUAUGUUCAUUAAAAACGUUUAAAAGAAAUGGGAAAUGUUGAAUUUACCAGUCAUCUCGAGAAAGAUCAACUGAACAGUCUAUCGUCGGAAAAGUUGGAUUUGAGCAGACGUUUGACUUCUUACCAACUGGAUCAGCAUCUGCGAAAUGAAGUGGUUGAAGAAAAUCCUGGUCUUGUGGAAAUUCCUGCCCGACUAUUUGCUCAUAUUUCUUUUUAUGAAACAUUAAUUGUUUCAUUUCAUUGCAUAACACAGAUUCCUCAAGAACUUCCACUACAAUUGCCUCACCUAAUUCAUCUUAAUUUGAAUUUUAACCGAAUUUCCAGCUUGCCUGAAUCUUUUGGCAUGUUAAUCCACCUUGAAAUACUUGAACUGUCGCAUAAUCUGUUAUCAAAACUGCCGAACUCAUUUUCUCUGCUGAAAUCACUUCAAAAGCUUGAUCUUUCUAACAAUAAGUUAAGAGCAUUACGUGAUGAUAUGGAUAAUCUAAAAAAGUUGAAGAAGCUGAACGUGAAUAAUAAUUUUUUGGAACAAAUACCGCUUUCACUUUGUUUAAUCGAUAGUUUAGAAGUUCUGGUGUGUUUAAACAACCGUUUAACUACACCUCAUCAAGAUAUCUGCGAUAAAGGUCUUGCUAGCAUUAGACAAUAUUUUGAAAAGGAACACGCAUUACCUCUACCACGGCAAGAAGAUAUUGUAAAUAUAUUUCCGCGUGUGCGAAAAGGUGAUGCAUUUACUCAUCCAAAUUUGAACACUGCUAUGACGCAAUUAUACAACGAAACACAGACACAAAGUUUUCAUAUGAAAGUGAAAGUAAAGACACCGCUUCUUCCCCCGACAAUGGCGACCACAUUUCCACCGGAUGAAUUGUCUAACAAGAUUAUUGGUUGUAUCUACGGUGCAGCUAUUGGCAGUGCUCUUGGGUACUUAACUGAUUUCUUAAGCAAGAGUGAAUGUGCAUUUUAUUAUGAUAAAGAACAAUUAAACUACUGUGACAUCAUAAAUGAUAUUCAUAGAAACAAUUUCGAGAAAGGAUGCUGGACACAUUCAUUUGAUCAAAUGAUAUUGAUCUUGGAUUCCAUUCUUUCCUGGGGUGGAGUGGUCGACGAACUUGAUGUCGCGCGUAGGUUAGCAUCGUGGAAUAAAAAUGGAUUUUCAGAGUUGGGUGAAAUAAAAGGUCCGGAUUUCAAAGGCUUAUUUGGAAAGAUCUUGAACGAUGCUGAAUAUACAAAAGAUCCUCAUUUUGUAGCAAAAAUGAUAAGUCAUGAAAAGCAGUAUUGUUCAAAUGCCGCAGUAGCACGAACCGCUGUUUUAAGUGUUUCACAUUUUUAUGACUUGGACGAAGUUUGUGCCAACGCCGCGAGAAUAUGUAAAUGUACUCAUGCAGAUGCAAGGUGUAUCGCAAGUUGUGUCGCGGUAAAUACCAUCAUUGCUCUUCUUCUUCAGGGUAAACAUGACUUGAAUGACAAUGAUUCUGUGGAAGCAAUCUUAUUUGAAGCUGCAGAAAGAUCUAAAAGAUAUCUGGAUGAUGGCUCUCAAGUGAGUGAAAUAAAUAAAUACGUGGAAUGA